AAACACGCCAGACACAAAAGCAGCAAGGAAGGAACGGAGCAGCCUGUACUGUACUCUCCGCUAUAGCCGCCUUGUCUCUGGUUCGUGGAGAUAUUUGACUUGUUUGGGAAGCACCCAGAACUUAUUUGGAGUGUGGAGAUAGAUUUUGGUAGGCAAGAUGGAAGAAUCCCACAAUGGUGUACAAUAUGGAGAAGAUACAGCAGAUGCAAAAACAUAUUUUACAAAUCAGCAGAUAAGCCUGCAAAACUGUGAUAUAAAAGACAUGGAAAAAAAAACAAAGUUUGCUCAUCUCCACAAGUACAGAACUGAUUACCCUGAGAUGGGAAUUUGCCUCAUCAUUAACAAUAAGAAUUUUCAGUCAUCUACAAACAUGGGAGUACGAAAUGGUACUGAUGUGGAUGCUCGCAAGUUACAUGAAACUUUCACAGGUUUGGGAUACAAAGUAAAGGUUUGCAAUGAUCAAAAGUCUAACGACAUCUUUACACUUUUGAAAAAAAUGUCCGAGGAAGAUCAUAGCAAGAGAAGCUCCUUUGUAUGUGCUAUAUUGAGCCAUGGAGAAGAUGGUUUGGUUUAUGGAGUUGAUGGUCCUAUACAAAUAAAAAACCUAACAGAUCUCUUCAGAGGAGACAGAUGCAAGACUCUUGUGGGAAAGCCCAAACUAUUCUUCAUCCAGGCAUGCAGGGGAACAGAUCUUGAUUCAGGCAUUGAAACAGACAGUGGCAGUGAACUAGGGGAAGAGAUUCAGCGGAUUCCAGUUGAGGCUGACUUCUUAUAUGCCUAUUCUACAGUUCCUGGGUACUAUUCCUGGAGAAACACAAUGAAUGGUUCCUGGUUCAUCCAGUCCUUGUGCGAAAUGAUAAAAUUAUAUGGACCACAUCUUGAACUUAUCCAGAUUCUGACCUGUGUAAAUCAUAUGGUAGCUCUAGAAUUUGAGUCUUGUUCAACUCAGCAAGCUUUUCAUGCAAAGAAACAAAUUCCUUGUGUUGUGUCCAUGCUCACAAAAGCAUUUUACUUUUUAAAGUAAAGAGAGGAAUUUAGCACGUAUAUCGGCAUCAUGUAACAAAGGAGGAUGCACCCAGCAGUCCAUCGGCAAUCAAAUCUCAUUUCAUUCCAUAGAAGUGGAACCUACAGUCAUACUGAAUCUGAAGAUUUUGCAACAGACAAAAAUAAUAGUGAGUUCACAUGCACAGUUAUAGCUUUGGCAGUUUGCAGGUCAGAAAACACCAGAGCAAUCAAUUGUUACUUAUGUUUACGUUGAAGAAUUACCAUCCGACUUUACUUCUUGUUUAAAUGAAGUACACUAUCCAAAUUCUGAUUUUCAGAUAAUGAAUCUGUUUAGUAGAAGCUGCAUUUUAUUGCAGUUAUUGCAAAGGAGAUUGCUUUAAAAUAAUUGCCAUACCCCCAGGCACUAGAUCAGUUUUAUUCAAACUUAGGCCACAGUCUCUGCCUGUGUUUUGUAGGCAGGGGGAGAGAAGCAGAUCCACUCUCUUCUGCAGCUUCACAUAGCUGCACUGACAGGCACAGCGCUGGCCUGCAUGCAGCUACACAGAGCAGAGAUGCAAAUGCAUUUUUUUCCACAUUUUUCUGGCCGAUUUCCAUUUAUUUUAGCUGCAUUCAGGCCAAUGCUGUGCCUGUACACCACGUGUGUGGAGAGUACGCCACAUUUGACUGUGGCUAAAGGAUUUACAUGUUCCUUAGCACACAUAUACCAUUUCACUUAGUCACCUUCUGGAUUUUAAAAGUAAGGUUCCUUUAUAUACAAGCAGGCUGGCUUGUGUGUUUUUAGUGUUAUUUUGUAAUUUAAAGCCACUGAUAUUAUAUGCCAGUUGCUUUGUUUAAAGACAAAUAGAGUAUGUAAAAGACACUCCAGGUAAUUUUCUUUCCCUGUUUGCAAAACAUCCUUAUAUCAAGUAAAUAUUUUAUUCAGAGUUUCCAGUAUAACAUAUAUUCAUACAUUAAAUUGUACAGAACUGUGAAUCCUGGUAGCUCUAUAUAAAUAAAGUUAUUCAUACAUCCAUCAAUCCAUACAUACAUACAUACAUUACUCUACAGAUUUUCUCCAUAAGAAACCAUGACUGUAUACCAACAGCACCAAAUAAUAAAACUAGGGUUUGCCACCUGUCCAGUUUUGACCCGGACAGCCCGGUUUUUGGAAAAGCUACUGGGUCAAAGCCAGUAACAAUCUCAGUAACAUUAACCUGGUGAUCGGUGAUGACUUUGCUCCCCCCACCCCACAACGCCAUAUCCCCACACCCAUGAUGUCACCCUAAAUAAAACACACACAUAUACUUAUGAUAUACAGUAUAUAUCCUGGGAGCAGAAUAGAGCAAGACCACUCACUCCUUUUGUGGGGUUUAUUUGUCAAUAAAUGUCCUUUACAUAUUCAGCAGGCAAACAGAGCAGUCCACGGGUGAACUUGCUACUGCAGUAUAGAUGUGAUUAAAGCAUUUUGUUGUACCUGAACACUAAUAUUAUAACAUCAUAUUGGGAAAACAACAGACAUUACACACCGCUAAACAUUACCUUUUUGUACCUGUAUAAGUGAGUAUAUUGCUUGUACUUCUUUUAUUUCUGACACCAUCAACAGUUCUAUCAUACUUUAUGGCAGGGAUUAUAGGAAAAAACAUGCAGAAUAACAGCAGUGCUCUCAUAAAACACAAGGCAGGAACUUUUCCGACUUCUUGAACUCAGGCCUUUCAUUUGUGUUCUUAUCUAUUGUCAGAACCCCCUUUUAGCUUAUAACAAGAUUGCAGAUGAAUAAACACAUUAUUGUAGCACUCACUAUAAGUACAUACAUUUUUUUUUGAUCACCACUGCUGGUACUACUGAAUUAUACCAUUUUUAGGCGUAAAACACUUAUGUUGCAUGCUACUGAAGCCACAGUUUUACAGUAGUGCUAGAACUAUAUAUUUGUGGGAACGUUCUUGGUUCUUGUUUGUACAUCAAACCUUGUAAAUGUUAUAAAAUCUACAAAUACUUGAAAAUUCAUGCAAGACAUUUCUUAUUUUAUAAACUUGAAAAAAAACUAGAAAAAAUGAAAAGGAUAUGUUUAAAGGAAGGUAUGUAGUUAAAUGGACUGUUGUGGUGUUUUGUGUCACAAUUUAAGAUUCUUAAAGGGAAGCUAUAAUGAAUUAGUUGUAGAAGCAUUUGAAAUGUUGAUGAUGAAUCGUGGACAGUAGAUUCUUUUUUUUAACAUUGAAUGAUGAAAGUGUAUAGUAAAGCAUGUUUUCUGUAAAGGGGUGUUCUAAAUAUGUAUGUUUACAAGUGCAGUGUCAUUAAAAUGUCUAUUGUA